AUGGGCUUCCUAGCCAUUCCAUUCGAAGAAGUCGAUGUCCCUUUUGCCAACCUUCAAAUCACCCUUCAAGCGAAACAGCUCUAUAUCCAGUCAUUUUCCGCCAGUACGACUAUAUUCUGUCGUGACACAUGUGAUCCCUCCAACCUCUAUGUUCUCCUAUGCCAGCGUGCAUAUUGGGACGAUACAUUGGGAAAGGCCAACUCGUGGGGCGGAACUUGGGAGACACCCGGAGGAAGUCACGAACUUGAUGAAAACAUACUCGCCACUGCGAUUCGCGAGACUGAAGAGGAGACCAAAUUGCGUGUAUCACAUGUCUCUAACCACGUGUAUUUGAACCUCUUCAACCACAAAAACGUUCUAAUGGCCAGAUGCACCUUCCAUGCGGACGUCUAUGAAGAGCUACAGCCCCAGAGAACAUGGUGCGAUGAACAGCAGUGUGCGGUCGGCCCGAAAGACGGCGUCAUCAUGUUGAUUCCGGGUGAGCAUAUGGAUUUCUGCUGGGCUACAGAGGCACAAGUCCGGGAUUCUCUUCCAUACAAGGCAGAAAAUCCUCACAAAGGGCUUGUCAUUCUUGACAACAAGAAGGAGAUCAUCCUUGAUGUUUUUGAGCGACUGAGGAGUUCCCAAAUUGAUAUGAUUGAACUUCCUGACAACGGUCGGAGAUAG